GGGGAACAAGAAGGGGAGCAGGUUCCUAGAAACAUCAGCGGACGAACUCCAACUCGUGUGCGGCCGGGUACUGCUGGGAUGAAGACGUUGCAAGGCUUGUCACCAUCAACACAAUCUUCCUCAUCUUUUGUUCCCUCCCGUCGGGAAGGCCUUGCUUCCGCACAGAGCAAGUACAACGGGAGCAGACGAGUUGUAGAUGCUGCCGUAGA